AUAAAAUGUUUAUUUUAAAAAUUAAUAAUUAUAUUUGAAAUUAUGAUUAAAAGGUGAAGGGUGAGGGCAUUUUAGUCAAAGUGACAACUUUUCAUAGGCGAAUGCAUAAUUUCACGUCAAGGUUUAAGCAAAACCUCUCUUCAGCUUUUCUUCUUCUCCGUCUGAAUUCUGAUACAAACCUUCACUUUCUUCUCUCUCCAUACUUCAGAGAGCCUCAAAAUAUGAAGAGGCUCGCACGUGCAGCCCCGCACGUGCUGCGGACCCGAAAUGUCUCCACUGCCGUCCAAUCCGAACCCAUGAUCCAUCAAGACACAGUGACCCAAAUCACCAGCAUUCUCAGCCGCAACAACUGGCAGCUCCUAAUGGACUCCUCUGACAUAGCCACGAAGCUAAACCCAGAUAUAAUCCGAUCCGUUAUCCACCAAAAUCGAACCGCCUCUGAUCCGACCCGACUUCUCGGAUUCUUCAUCUGGUCUCAACGCCGAGUGGGCACUACCCAGCAACAGGACUUAGAUGUUUAUUCUCUUCUUGCCAUUAUCCUUUGUAAGUCUAAAAUGUUUGGCCCCGCAAGCUAUGUUUUUGAGCAUAUGGUAAAGAAUUUUAAGCUUCCUUUUGAUAUUUUGGGUUAUCUCAGUAGUUAUUGUAGAGAAUUUGAUGUGGAGGGUGACGUUAAAACUUCAAUUUUUGAUAUGUUGAUUACUAGUCUUAGGAAAAUGGGGUUCCUUGUUGAAGCUUCUGAUGUGUUUUUAACGAGUGGUUUUGGAAAAGGUGAAAAUUUUGUGCCUAGUUUGUGGUGUUGUAAUGGUUUCUUGAAGGAUUUGUUGAAAAGAAAUAAGGUGGAGUUGUUUUGGAAGGUUUACAAUAGGAUGAAUGAGAUGAAGAUUGGUUUCGAUGAGUAUAGUUAUGUUAAUGUGAUGAACGCACAUUUUAUGGUUAAGAAUGUUGAGGAAGCAAUGAGGGUUUUCUGGGAUAUGGAGGAGAAAGGUUGUAGUCCUAGUUUGGUGAGUUAUAAUGUGGUUGUUCGUGGUUUGUGUAGAGUGGGGCAUCUUGAUGAUGCUAUUGAAAUAAAGAGAGCAAUGGUUGAGAAGGGGAUGGUGCCUGUUGUUUAUACUUAUAUGAUGCUUAUUAAUGGAUUAUGUACGGACAUGAGAUUGAGAAAUGCUGAAUCAGUUUUAGAGGAGAUGAUUGCUAAAGGUUUGAAGCCUGAAGCUGCUGGUUUCAAUGCUCUAAUUGAUGGAUUUCUUAAACAGGAUCAUGUAGUAGAGGCUUUUAGAAUCAAGGAUAAGAUGUUUGCUAGUGGAAUUCAGUUAGACCUCACCACAUAUAAUGUUCUUCUUAGUGGUGUUUGUAAGUCCAGUAAUAUAAAGAAAGCAAGGGAAAUUAUGAAUGAGAUGGAAAGAUUGGGUAUCAACCCUAAUUUGAGAAGUUAUGCUUCGUUGAUUAAGGGUUAUUGUCGAGAUGGCGACUUACAUAGUGCUUUUAAGUUGCUUGAUGAGAUGAAGAGUAGAAACUUGGUACCAACAGCAAAGAUUCAUACUGUCUUAAUUAAUGAGUUGUGUCGUUAUGGUAAUAUUAAACAAGUGAAUGCUGUUUUGAGCAAAAUUUUUAAGGAGACUGUGAAGCUAAAUGCCUUUGUUUGCAGAAAUCUUAUUUUGGCUUACACUAAGGAAGAUAGAGUCAAAGAAGCAAGAGGGAUUUUGGAGAUAAUGAAGGACCAAGGGGUUCUACUUGAUAUAUUGUGUUAUAACCCGAUUAUAGUAGGCCUCUGCAAAGCCAGAAGAAUGGUAGAAGCAAGGACAUACCUGGAUGAAAUGUUUGGGAGGGGAUUAAAACCAGAUGCGUACACAUAUGGAGCUUUCAUCUCUGGGUAUAGUCAGAUGGGGGAGAUGCAGCUAGCUGUUAAGUGUUUCAAUGAAAUGCUUGGUUGUGGUCUAGUGCCCAACAAUCAAACUUACAAAGCAGUGAUUGAUGGACACUGCAAAACGGGAAACAUUACUGAGGCAUUAUCUGCUUCUAGGUAUUGGCUUUUACAAGGGAUUCAACCAGAUAUUUUAGUUUACAGUAUGCUCAUAAGUUGCUUUUCCCGGAAUGGAAAACAACAAGAAGCACUGGAGAUCUACCAAGAACUUUAUGAGAAGGGUUUGUUUCCUGAUGCUCAUGCUUGCAACUCUCUCCUUACCAGUUCAUGCAAACAAGGUAAGGUAGGAAAAGCUUUUCAACUUUAUGAGGCUAUGUGUGCCAAAGGCAUUGAUCUGAAUGUUGUUACAUAUAAUUCAUUGAUUAAUGAGCUAUGCAGAGUAAAAAAUAUGGAGAAAGCAAGACAACUCUUCCUAGAGAUGCAGGAAAGAAAUCUAAUCCCACCUGCUUCAACUUUCACUUUAAUUUUAAAUGGCUACAAUAAAGCUGGGAAUAAAACUGAGGUUUUUUCUCUGUUUCAAGAGAUGGUGGCCAAGGGAAUUAAACAUGAUAAGGAAACUUAUUAUGUAAUGAUUGAUGCUUACUGUAAAGAAGGGAACUUAAUGGAGGCCUUGAAGUUGAGGAAUAUAAUUCUGGACAAUGGUAUGCCGAUGAGUGCGACUGCCUAUGUUGCUCUAAUAGAAGCCCUUUGUAAAAGAAAAGACUUUUCUGAAGCAUUGAUUUUACUUAAUGAAGUAGGAGAGUCUGGACUCAGCCUUAGUACAGCCACAUGUAGUUUUAUAGCUUCCAAUUUUGACAGAGCAGGUGAAAUGGACAAAGCUGCACAAGCAUUAGAGCAUAUGGUGCAGUUUGGAUGGGUUUCAAACUCCAUGUCCUUAGCAGGUCUACUUGAUUGGAAAUGCUAUUGACACAAUGCUCAAAGACAACAACAAUCUUAUAAGGCAGUAAGUUGAGAGGGUUGCGGAUUCCAGCCAACUCCAAUUUAGCAAUUGAUAAUGUGACUUCUCCAUAUUUGUUACUUGUAUUCUUUUGACAAGCAGUGCCAAUUAAAGUAAACCUCUAUUGGGCUAGCUGUUCUGUUUACACUGAGUGGCUCCUUAAUAUGCUUGAUUCUCCUGCCUGGUGGCAAGUUUGGACUUGUGAAAGGUUUUCUUGUACUCAAGGUGCACAAGAAAAAGAAAAAAGAGGUACACUGAUAUGUGCCGGUCCUAGUUGUGGGAAAAGCCAUACUUGAGCUCAACUGUUACACGUUCUACAGGUGGUCCAGGUGAUGAUUUAUUCACAGUGCAAUUAAUCGCAUUUUUCAUCUUUAUCUCUCACAGAUGAUAGUUCAAGUUAUUGUUUCCCCAUCUAUGUGGGUAAGCCAGAAAAGGGCUUGUUAGGAUUUAGUCUCUUGAAUAAAUUACUAAUUUCUUAACGUUCAUUCUCUUCUGGCACAGAAGAUCUAUUUGGGAAAAGAAAACAGAUCAUACAUGGUCAUUUCAUUGUUCAGGAUAAAUUAGAAGAAAGAACUUCAAAAACUUCAGAUAUCAUAUCUGUGAUUUAUACAUGGAUUAGUUUUUUUUUUUUGGUGUUUAAGAGUGUUGGACCAUACUAAUUACACCCUUUUGUUAUUACUGUUUAUUGAGGACAAUUAUGGCUGCUGUAGUAUGCAUCCUGGAAAAACGGUCUGUUUUAUAACCGAAAAAGUGAGAGUUGCAAUGGGCUGUGAUAAGCGGUUAAGAUGGGCUGUUCUUUUCAGUUUUCAAUUAUUAGCACUGAAGGGAAAGAAAUAGAGAAGAGAGACACUCAGCAUAUCAGAUUGCAAUUUCAUGAAGCUUCUUUGCUUUUCUUCUUCAUGGUUGACAUAAUAGCUAGGAAGGUUAUUUUCCAGUUUGGCAUGAAUUUGUCCUCAAACACCCCUUCCUCUAGGCCAUGUUAUCUUCAGCUUGUGAUUGCUUUCUAUGUUACUUGGACUUGGGGCUGAGUGUCAGAUAUAUAUAUGUCUGACAUCGGUAUGUUCAUUUCUAAGUUUUUCCAUAUAUUUGGAGGCUUGGAACUCCAUGUCUAGUCCACUCGAUAUGUGUCUGACAAGGAUACUUCAUGGAAAAUGAAGAGUUGGCGCAACAUAGAUUACUUUCAUUCGUAGGGGCUUUGAGAUUCAGAUUCUAUGUUUUGAUCCUGAAAAUGUUUGCCUAUGAAAUCUGCAGAAAUUGAAUGGGUACUUUUCUUGUACACUAGCUUUUACUAUGUUCAGUUUCUUUUAUGGUGGUAGGGAAAAACAUACUCUCCACAUUUAAAUUGAAAUCAAUGUCAAGGAACUGCAGCAAUAAGCAGCAGCUAGGUGAUGAUUCCACAAUAGCCAUCUUCCAUAUCCUGCUAGCUUGUGAUCACUCUGCAGCUUUAAACAUGUUGUUGGCAAACAGAAGGGACACCUAGGUGAGGCUUCCUUCUAAGUAGGCUGCUUUGUACAGCUUUAAAGGUGCUGCUGGCGAACAAAAUGGGCAAUCAGCACAUGUGAUUGAUUUAUUGUGUAUUGACUUAUUCUCACGCUG